AUCAUGCAGUAUGCACCUCUAUGUCAAUAUCCUGCGUUCGUCAUUUAGGUUGAUAUUUGUAGUUUAGGUAAAAAAAUCUUGAAAACCGAAAACGAAAUAACAACAACCGAAAUGUAUAAUUAAACUGAAAUAUGAAUAAAUAAUUACGUAUAUUUGAGUACAGUAGCAUUAUUAUAAAAAUGCAUCUAUGAAUUGUAUAAUAUGAAGUGCGUAUUAAGUUUUAUGGAUGAGUGAUAUAGAAAGUGAUCGAGAAGUGACCGAGCAUACAGCACUCAUGGACGGCCACAUAGCAGAGGCUCGCUCCGACCGCGAGAUUGCUGAGAGACUCGCUAGGAAAAGAAAAACUAAAGCUGAUGCCCAGCGUAACUAUGGAUCAGUGGCACGGCCUGAAGAAAGUAAUUCCAGUGUCGCUGGUGGCUCAGGUUUACAAGCACCUGCUCCUGCUCCGCUACCUGCUGAAGAGUUGGAACUUAAAUAUGGUGCACGACAUGUUAUAAAACUUUUUGUACCAGUUACUUUGUGUAUGAUUGUUGUUGUUGCUACUAUAUCAUCAAUACAAUUUUAUUCAGUAAAGGAUGUAUAUUUAGCAUACACACCUUUUCACGAAGAAAGUCCAUAUGCUAUGACAAAAGUAUGGAAUGCGCUUGCAAACUCAAUGAUUCUUCUAAGUGUUAUAGCAAUGAUGACAGUUCUCCUUAUUGUCCUCUACAAAAAGCGUUGUUAUAAAGUAAUACAUGGAUGGCUCAUUGUAUCAUCAUUGAUGUUGCUCUUCCUCUUUUCUUAUCUAUAUAUUGAAGAAGCGCUCCGAGCAUACCAUAUACCAAUGGAUUACAUCACCUUAACAUUUGCUAUGUGGAACUUUGGUGUAGUGGGAAUGAUAGUAAUUCACUGGAAAGGGCCAUUGCGUUUGCAGCAGGCGUAUUUGAUUUUUAUAGCAGCUUUAAUGGCUUUGGUCUUCAUCAAAUAUUUACCCGAGUGGACCACUUGGGCCGUCCUUGCCGUUAUUUCUAUAUGGGAUCUGGUAGCGGUCUUAACGCCUAAAGGACCACUUAGAAUAUUAGUGGAAACGGCUCAGGAACGAAAUGAACCUAUAUUUCCUGCUCUUAUAUAUUCAUCCACGGUUAUGUACUGCCUAGUGGCAGCCGGAGUCGAAGGAAACGGAUCAGGGACAGGAGGGGAGCGCGGGGCGGGGGAAGGUGAGCUGCGCCCACUCACGCACGACACUGAAGUUCGGCGCGAAGGACCAGCGCGUCGUAGCGAGACUGACGAGGGCGGCUUUGAUCAGUGGUCGAGACAAGCCCCGAGACAACUCAGAGUCGACACCACGCCCGUCAGCUACACCACGAGGGUCGAGAGGCAGCCGCAGCCGCAGUUCGAGUCGGAAGAGGAGAAGGGCGUGAAGCUGGGUCUGGGUGACUUCAUAUUCUACAGCGUGUUGGUGGGCAAGGCCAGCUCCUACGGCGAUUGGAACACGACGCUCGCCUGCUUCGUCGCUAUUCUCAUCGGCCUCUGCCUAACCCUGCUGCUGCUGGCGAUAUUCAAGAAGGCGCUCCCGGCUCUGCCCAUAUCGAUCGCCUUCGGUCUCAUCUUCUACUUCGCGACGCGCGGAGUGGUGAAGCCCUUCGCCGACGCUCUCGCCGCCGAACAAGUCUUUAUCUAGGAUUAACCGGAAACGGGUAAAGGUCAAAGCAGACUUAUCAACUCGGAAGGGGAUCGUCACCGUAUGGCCUCGAGCCGUUCAGUAUGGUUUGUAUGAAACUCCCUACUGCAGCGCACACUAAUCGGAAUCGUAGAAACCGUGAUGCGUCACCUUGCAGUUCUCGCGCUUACGGCUCUCCGUCCCCGAACUCACGUGUCUGCGUCCGCCCUUGCCCCUGUCCCCUCCCAACCCGUUCAGACAGCGGUCGGCUAGCCGCGAGCGCGGCGUAGCCGAGUGGACGUACACGAGCUGCUGAUAGUGGGCGUCCACACUGAAUGCGCGGUGAUUAGAGCCUAAGGCGGGCGUGCGAUGGCCAGUGGCCACAGUGAUUCCCGAGUUCUUGUAGCGGUUCAACGUAUUUCAGGUGUUGCAAACUAUGGACGAGGAUUUGCUAUUUUUACUGGACAGUUCGAUCCUGAUAUGGGAGGUGUUGAACACUAGAGAUGGCGUGCGAGAAAUAAAUAAAAACAGAGGUAUAACUGAUGAUUUUUUUAACUUAUACGAAGAAUUAAGAUUAUACCCUACAAAAUUCUUCAAAUGCCCGUGUAACAUUUGACUACGUGCUAAAUAAAAUAUCACCUAAAAUCACAAAAGAAGAUACUAACUUACGCAAAAGAUUGAAUAAUAUAAACAAUUAAGUAUUUUCCGCCAUUUUACGACAAACAAAUACAGACGCGCAUACGCCGAGCGGCAAGACCGAGCUAGUUUGUUACCCCCGCCACUCGCGCAUCGGGUCGCUCGCUGAUUAGGUCCGUAGUGCGGCCACAACGAAGCCAGCGCGUCGCGCAAAGCCGCAGUUCCGCCUUAGUCACCACAAUAUGGACGCAAAUUCGCGUUUCAUAUGUUUGAUACUUCGCGCCCGUGGUCGCGACCGCGCUGGGCUCGCAGUGUGGACGCACACGUACGCUUUGGUUACGUAUACGUUAGGUCGACGGCGAGGCGAGCGGCGAUACGGUGACGAUCCCUUUCAGAGUUGAAAUGUGUGCUUUGACCUUUAAUCGUUGUUUGUUCACGUGUACUAAAUUCUAUGUCGUAUGAAGAUUGGGACCUUAUCUACUGAAGAGACUUUCGUGGGCCGAGUUUGUGUUACUGUCCAAAUCUGUCCGCCCCGAGGCCCGCUCGACCUAGGAAAUGGUACCGGUGUAGUAGGUCUCUUUUAUAAAUGCAUUUCAGUUUUUUCAUUAUUUUGUUAGAAUCUAUACGAGCAACGGAAUGCUAAUUAAAUGUAAAUGUAGAAAUUAGUUAGUAAAAUAUACUUUAAUAAUGUAAAAAUGUUAUUACGAGUUGUUAAGAGUUCUCAAAAACAGAUUGUAACGAAAUUGUUUACUUUGGAGCGAAACUUUUACUUUGACAUUUUUCUAAUAAUGUAAGUGUACUAAUUUCUUUACAUUCCAGUAUGUUUUAACCUUAUAAUUGUGUGAUAUGUUAAAGAAAUAAAAAACGUUUCUAAACUA